AUGAUGCACAGAGCGAGUUUCAUGGCCCUACCAAGGUUGGAAGGGAUUAUAGAGGAAGAUGAUGGAUCAGAAGAAGCCAUUUUGGAAACAUCAGAACACGACGAUUCUGGCGACUGCAUCAUCGUCCCAGCGAUGCUGAGAAUCGCCGAUAAACUGUUUGUGAACAAGAGAAAGCCGCUGAAUGAGCCGCAGGGGUCGAGUGAAGCGCUGACGAUUUUGAAUAAUGAGAAGAAUAGUGAAAGUUUACAUUAUGCAAGAGGCUGCCAUUCAAUCCUUUCAUCCCUCAUUCAAGACUCGGACACGCCUCUAGAAUUCUCGCCUUCGAAUUCUGAAGCUAACAUAAACAACCAAAUCCUCAUGAAAAUCCAAAACAUCGUCGAAGUCGGCCUCCGCCGCCAAAACCUCCGGGAAGAGCUUUACUGUCAAGCUCUUCUAUCACUUCAUCUUGCCCAAAGCGCAAGGCAACAGAAGAUCGCCUGGGUUUAUUUAGCCCUUUUGGUGGGCUGCUUUUUGCCGAGUCAGAGGCUCAAAUCGUUGUUGGACAAUUUUAUCUCGGAGAAGUCGAGUGAGAAUAUUUCAGAAGCGCUUUAUUGCGGCGAAAAAUUGAAACGAUCCAACGAAGCAAUGGUGCAGAAAAAGGCGGAAAAGAUCGACGGCGUCGACAUUUUCCACGAGCUCCGGCAACAACGAAGAGCACCACCGUCUAGUUACGAAUUCUGGGCGGCGAUUCGAAAGUCGCAGAGCGUCGUUGCAGUUGUUUGCCCUGAUGAAGCAAAAAGAAGCGUCGCAGCGGAUUCUUCCUCGACGGCCGCGGAAAUUGUCGAAAAAGUUUGUGCAAGGCUGGAGAUCAAGGACCCCUUUGGCUUUUCGCUAUUCAUAAGAGCUGGGCAACGAUUGGCGCCAGUUGGAGAAGGAGGGGUUUAUUUGAUGGAUGCGAUUUGGCAGGCGGAACGAUUUUCGGCAGAACAAGGGCUCGAUCCUCCACAAGUUUUUCUCCGUCGAGAUCUGUUCCCACUCCACUGGCAUCCCGAACUUGAUCGACCAGCAGCUCGUCUUAUUUUCGCCCAAGUCUGUUCCUCCGUCCGCACCGGCGAAAACCGAACAAACUCAUCCCAAGAUCUCGCUCUUCUCGCCGCCUACCAGUUCAUCAACGAAAACGGCCGCGUUCUCGAUCAUAAUGAGAAGCGAAUCACGCAGCAUUGUGAUCAAGUGAUGCCAGGAUCGGUUUUUAGGAAUGCUCAGAAAAGUACGAAGAAAGAGUGGAUCAAAAUGGUUCAAAAGACGAUCUCGGAAGUGAAAAAGUUGAACCCGAUAGAUUUGACGAGCGAUGUGAUUGUUGAAAAGGUCGUGCGAUUCGCCCUGAACACCUGGUCCGCCUCUUUUUCUCGUCGAUACGAUAUCCGAGGAUUCUCGAUCAUCGGAAAGCAAAAAGAAGCUUCGGGACACAUCAGUCUCGAAAUGAACCACAGGACUUUUCACAUCAGAAGUUUGAGCGGAGAAGAAUAUCAUAAAAUUAUGACCAAGCAUAUAAGAAAAUGCUUUCUUCUUCCAGUUAGAGAAGAUGGACUCGGCCGAAUUCAAAUAGCAACAGACGAAGAAAUAAUAAAUCUCAUCACGCCCUUUUCCGCCGAGCUUCAUAAGAUCAUCAACAGACUUAUCAGUAACUAA